GUGUGUGUGUGCGGAGCUGGAAUCACUGAUUGCAUGUCCUUCAUUAACAGAGUCCAUGGUUAAUGUGUGACUCGCACAACAGCCAUUGGGCACACAGACACACAGUUUGGAAAAGUGUGGUGCCUCGCGUGAUAAAGAGCGUUUGCCUCAUUCUCCCCGAGGAUUCUUCCAGGUCGUGUGCAACUCCUCAUCCUGCUCUCGUGGAAUCGCUGCGGCGAAAUAUGAACGGAAUGUGUCGCUAAACGACCGCAACUUAUUUUAUUAAAAUGCCAUCAAUUCUUUUGAUCAAAUCACAAUAUUAAUAAAUAACUAAAUGCACUCAGAGAGUGCACACAUCCGCGUAGCAAUGAUGUCAUUUCAGGUAAAAGCUGGCUGGCUAACCUGCUCCCGAAUUGAAGUGUCAACUACAAACAGGUGUUGGGCCCACAGAUGAAGCCCCGCUAAAACUGUAAACACCCAGUAAAGUAAAGGGGCGGGGCUUAUCAGGGGGUAAGUCAGCGCAUCCCUGUGCAUGUAAUCCAUCCAAUGCCUUUUCAAACAUUAAAUCAUUCAUAGCAAUGAGCUCAACGUGACAAUUGGUGGCGCUAGUGUUACGGAGCUCGCUUGUGCAACACAAGUAAAACACACAAAUAUAGCGAGCAUAUUGGUAAUCCUGAACAAACACGGCUCAAAAAGUCAAACGUGACUAUUUAACAUUUAACCAGAUGGAUUUUGGUCAAACUGUUGUUGGGGCAAGUUGACAUUGAGGUUCCCUGUUGAGGGAGUUCAUACUUAUUAAUUUCCUUUUAAGCAGAUUAUUCGCAGACAGCAACACAAGAUUCCCUUUUUGAGGAACUAAUACUUUCAAGUACGUGCUCUGGUGUCAGGGGAUAAAGGGAUGUGGGACUGAACUGCUGCCAAAAACUCUGUCCCAGAGCAAACAGAGGAGAUCGCUCAAUGUAUCUGUCAAUUAUACAUUGUUUAUAUUUGAGUCGAAGGCUUGCAUUUAUGUCAUAUCCUCCUCACAUUUCCUUAGUUCUAGCUCGCAGAAGGCCUUGCCAGCCACCGUCCUGCUGGAGCAAGUGCAAACAUUGUUUGCUGUUUUGCCUGUCAAGCACUUUCUGAAAAGUGCUGUAUAAAUAAAGCUUUAUAAGUGAGUAAUAAUUGAUGGCAAUUUUGACAGUUGCUGAUGAGAAAUAUAAACUGCUCGUAAAUGUUUGUAAAUAAACAUUGACAACAGCUCCCAAAUCUCUCAUUGAUAUCCAUUGUUACACUUUAAAUGCAGUGAAAAGCAUCUACUUCUUCAGCUGGUUUUCAGUUUGUGCCAUUUCCAGGACAGAAGUGACUGCUCCCGGCCAUCACUUUUCUCACUGCUCCGGCCCCUCCCCUUCUGUCUUAUUCCUUAUCAGCUGAGAGAAAGACUGAAGGAGGAGGAAUGAGGUGGGGGGUUACCUGGCCCGAAUGGCCCCACCUCUUCUCUGGUCAUUGAAAUUGAGUAAACAUUAAAACACCUUUACUUAGAGGCAAACUCCAAGAGUCACACACAGCCUGGCAGCAUCUCGCACAGCGACACCAGAGACGAGUGGAUGGACAGAGAUUGUGCGCUGUACACAAGUGCUUGAGCUUCUCGCUGAUUUUGGGACACAGGGCCCGGAUCUGAUUGGAUGGUUUUGACAGAAUGACAGCUGAAGACCCUGCUUCCACUUCAGACAUGAGUAACUGCGGCGCCCCCUCUAAACCCUCAAAACACAGUGCCUCCCACCAUUCUGUCCAGGGGCAGAUGAGCGCAGCCGAUGGCGUCGCCAGAACUCCCAAUGAGCCGGCGUUGGUGGCCCUGAUGGAGCGUACUGGAUACGGUAUGGUCCAGGAAAAUGGUCAGCGUAAAUACGGCCCCCCUCCUGGUUGGAACGCUCCUUCCCCGCCGCGAGGAUGUGAAAUCUUUGUGGGCAAGAUCCCCAGGGAUGUUUAUGAAGACGAGCUGGUCCCCAUAUUCGAGUCUGUGGGUCGAAUCUACGAGUUGAGGCUGAUGAUGGACUUUGACGGGAAGAACAGAGGAUACGCGUUUGUGAUGUACACAGAGAAACACGAGGCCAAGCGAGCCGUGCGCGAGCUCAACAACUAUGAAGUCCGGCGUGGGAGACUGCUGGGGGUCUGCUCCUCGGUGGACAACUGCCGUCUGUUCAUUGGUGGCAUCCCCAAGACCAAAAAACGCGAGGAAAUCCUGGAGGAGGUCUCCAAGGUGACGGAAGGCGUACUCGACGUGAUCGUCUACGCCAGUGCCGCAGACAAGAUGAAGAACCGGGGCUUCGCCUUCGUAGAAUAUGAGUCUCACCGCGCCGCCGCCAUGGCCCGCAGGAAAUUAAUGCCUGGUCGAAUUCAACUGUGGGGCCACCAGAUCGCAGUGGACUGGGCUGAACCAGAAAUAGAUGUUGAUGAAGAUGUGAUGGAAACAGUAAAGAUCCUUUACGUCAGGAAUCUGAUGAUGGAGACCAGUGAGGAGACAAUUAGACAGAUGUUCAGUCAGUGGAACCCUGGUUGUGUAGAACGUGUGAAGAAAAUCCGCGACUACGCCUUCGUCCACUUUACCUCUCGGGACGAUGCGGUGCUGGCGAUGGACCACCUCAAUGGCACAGAGAUCGAGGGGUCUUGCAUCGAGGUGACGCUGGCCAAGCCUGUGGACAAAGAGCAGUACUCGCGUCAGAAGGCCACCAAAGGGGCUUCGGCUUCGCCUGAGACAACGCCACAGAACUACCUGUACCAGUGUGACCCCUACACAUUGGCUUACUACGGUUACCCCUACAGCACCCUCAUCGGACCCAAUAGAGAUUACUUUGUCAAAGGAUCCUCAAUGAUACAGAACAAUGCAGGUUCUGUGCGAGGUCGAGGUCGUGCAGCUGCAGGUACCCGCACCCCUGGACCUCGGGGGUCGUACCUCGGAGGUUACUCUGCCGGUCGUGGCAUCUACAGCCGUUACCACGAAGGCAAGACCAAGCAGCCCGAAAAGCCCUAUGAGCUGAUGCCCAGUCUGGAGCUCGCGGCCUCCGUCAACCAAGUUGCCCUCAAACCUGGCACAAUGGCGUUGCCGACCCUCGCUGGGCAGUACCCAGUUUUCAGUGCGGCCCCCGCAGCCAAGAUGAUGGAGGAAGGGAAGGUCCACACAGUGGAGCAUCUAAUGAACCCUCUGGCCAUGCAGCACACCGAGCACAGCAACGGAGCCGCCGCCGCCGCCGCCGCCGCUGCAUCCGUGCUGCCUGCUGUUUCUACUCCUCCACCUUUCCAGGGUCGUCCUAUCACUCCUGUCUAUGCCAUGGCCCACAACGUUCAGCGCAUCCCAGCAGCCGCAGGCCUCUACGGAGCCGGAUACGUCCCCAUCACAAACUACACAGCAAACACGGCGGCGCUGGCGGCGCUGCAGAAGAACGCCAUGGUCGCCGCUGCGGCGUACGGAGGCUACGCCGGCUACGCGGUCCCUCAGGCCUUCCCAGCGACCGCCUUCCAGUUGCCCAUCCACGACGUAUACCAGACAUACUGAUCCCAAAAGCCAGACUUGAACCGAAGACAAGCAUUGUUCUGCCUGAUACUGAUCGACUGCUGAAUCCUCUCAACAGUGUUCACCGCGUGAAUACAUCUCUUCGACUCGAUCCUAGUGGACCACCUGACAGCAACUCUGCAGGCUUUAUUGAGGCCAAUCCAAAGUCUUUUCACUCAAAAGCUUCAUUCCAGCGGGUUGUCAUGACAAUAACACUGAAGGUACAUUCGAAUAUUUAUGAAGAGAAAAUGCAUUCAAACUUUAUCCAUUGUAGCUUAUGCAACUCAUUUUAGGGCGCUAUUCUUCUGAAGUGUGAAACUUGAGGCUUCAGCGUUUUUAUUGAAACUAACAGGAACUACUGACAUUAGCGAUGCCACUGAAACAGUUCUGUGUAUUACUAAUGUUUGUUUGUAGUAUUUUGCCACUAAAAUGUUAUAUUUUGUACCUUCCGUCCGCAGGUUUAUGUGUUCUCUUGCAAAUCGCCAUUUUUUUCUUUUCUAUUUGAAUUCAUAAAGAUGCUUACUGACUUGCGACUGCAUUGAAAGACUAACAUGGAUCACGCUCCUGAUGCCGAACGUGAUUUCCACAGUGUCUCACAAAGGCAUCAGCUAAUAUCAGAACAAAUGCAUUCUUUAAAAUUGUCAAGGUUUCAUUUCUACGUUGCUUUUAAAGUCAAUUGUAGAACUUAUCGCGGGAUCUCAGUCUGGAUCUGUGAUGGGGAAACAAGUCCUGAGCAUUUUCUUUGGAAGCAAACAGCGGCACCAUUCUGAAAGAAGACUGAAGAUGUUUGUUUUUGUUUUAGCAGAAUUAUCAGAAAUUACAAAAAGAAAGGGGGCAUUUUUAAGUGGUUGUUUGUGUCAAAAGUAUCGUCAUUUUUAAGAUCUGCGGAGAAGAGAAAAGCUCCUUUAAAUAAAGCACUCCCAAGAGCGAACACAUGGUCAGGACAGUUUGGCCAUUUCACUCAUCCUUAAGUGACUGGGGAUGAGCAAUGAAAUGUCACUGCACCUGAUGAGCUUGAGAUGUUGCUGCCUUUUAUUCAGCAGAGAUUCACUCCAUCGUCCCAAAUUUACAAUGUAUGUAUUUUUUAAAAUAGAAAUGACGUCUCAAAACUUCUCAAAUCUUCAACUCCAGGUAACUUCAGUAGCAAGCAAACACAAUAGAAGGAUGUUGUGUGACGCGCAUUUUCAGUCAAGGCUCCUUCAAAAAUUGUACUUGACAAUGGUGCACUUAGAAUUUGUACUGAGCGCAAGGAGCGCUUUCAUAUGAAGAAGAUGUUUUAAUACACAGCCUUAAAUGCCUUUUUCUCUUUGAUGACAAAAGUCCAUUUUUUCUAUCUCUUUAAAAGACUGUUAGCUAUGCAGUUAGUGUUGGGAAAAAGUGCCUCCGCCACCUAAUGUGCCACUUCAAACUGCAUUUUCUUUAAGUGAUGGAGCAGUGUUGAACUUUAUAGAGAGAGAAAUGAGAACAUCUUUGCUCCUGGUUGACUUUUCCGUGCCUACUCUUUCACACCAUUCCUCCUAAAGAACAAACCGCUCCUCUGUUUGUGUGUCAGGAUAUAUUUAAUAUAUGCUUUACCUACAUAUAUUGUGUGUAUGAAGUAAGAAGAAAAGGUCUAAUAUAUUCUGAAAGCAUCACUUUCUCUUUAUUUGCAACUCAGAAAAGAAUAGAUGCAAUAAACUAUUUGCCAGACAGUUUUAAAGUUUUAUUGAGUCAUGUUUUUUUUUUCAUGUCUUGAACUGGUUUGGUGUUUUGGUGGGAACAAACUCUUUCCUCUGUAUUAACUGGAACGUCUUGUUUUUAUGAUGUAGAUGGUGUCAGUGUCGAUUCUGCUGCUGUUGUUUGACAGAAAUCCACUUUUAUUUCCUCUGAAGACCGGCUUCUAUUUCGGAGCAUUAUCUGUAGUUCAUGUCUGUGUGGCCAUUUAACGCCUCGGUAGUUUGUGCCUUACCGCCAAGAUGUGCCCUCUUCUCCUCUGUACGCUGGCUGUCUUCUGUCUGAGGUAUUUUUGUUUGUUAAUUUUUAAGGCUUGUUCAACAUUGUUCUAUUUAUAGAUAACGUAGAUAAAUAAAGCAUUUU